AUGAAGUUAAUUUUUGUGUUCCUCAGUUUGGUGGUUUCGAUUAUCUCAACUUCCCAUGAGAAUGUGUGGAAAAAAUUCAAGAUCGAUUUCAACAAAAAAUAUGAGACCCCUGAAGAAGAAUACUACCAUUUUCAGAUCUUCCAGAAAAAUUUACUGAAAAUCAAGGAAAACGAGAAAAAAUUCCUCAAAGGAGAAGUCAGCUUCAAGCUGGGAAUCACCAAAUUUGCCGACAUAAACCAAGAAGAGUUCCCAAGACAAAACAUCGAACGUGAUAUCAUCAGCUUAUCCAGAAUAGAAUUCUCUGAUGAAGAAUCAAAUGUGCCAGAAAGAAUAGACUGGAGAAAUAAUAGUGCUGUUCCAGCUGUUUCCGAUCAGGGAACAGAGUGCAAUGCCAGUUUCUAUUUCGCUGCAGUUGGUGCUAUACAGGCCCAAAGAUACAUAACUGAAAAAAAUUCUGAUCCCUUGAGCGUCCAGUACCUGAUUGACUGUUCAUUUGGCAACAACAACGGCUGCAAUGGUGGAGGGGUGGUAAACACCCUCGACUGGAUCGCUUCCAACGGAGUACCCCCCGCAUAUAGCUACCCCUACAAGGGAAAAGAGGGGCAAUGUAGGGGUGCAACAGGAGAGAUGAUAGGAAAGGGCCAAUUAGGCUAUGGGAUGAUCAGUGAGUCUGAGGAAGAGAUGACCAAAGCAGUCGCAUAUGUGGGACCAAUCGCAGUUUCCAUAGAUGGUCGUGACCUACCCCUCUACACCGGUGGGGUGCUGAACAACCCUGAUUGCUCGCGAACCGUAACCUCAAAUAUCUCACAAUCGGGGUUGAUAGUGGGCUAUGACGAGACAGAAGACGGUCAAGAAUAUUGGAUCGUUCAGUUUUCGUCCGGGUGUGAUAUCGCUACUGAGGCCUUUUCUUGUGACAUUUCGAUAAGAUUAUUUUCAACAAAUUUCAAUGAACAAAAAUUACUGUGUACUUUUAUUAGUUUUCUACAACUAUUUGUUGUUUUGUGCAUUGAUAGAUAUCUACAAAAAUAG